AGGCUUGGGCCACACGAGGCCUCUCCAUUUCCCUCGCGCACCGUGACCUCCUUGCCUGCACGUUCUUUAUCCCCUCUGCUACGACACUGCUCUCAUCCCACCAGGGCCGGAAGCCCGAGGCUUCCCUAGGUCGCGGGACCCGCCCGGCCGACCCGCCAGGACCCCGGCUCCGGCUUGGGCUCUCGGCUUGGGCCCGGGAGCCGCCAUCUCGCGUGCUGGCAGAAGCGGCGGGAGCGCCCGCAGCCGUGGCGGGGCGGGAGCUGCUGCCCGUACUCAAGAUGGCGGCCCCGGCGGGCGGGGGCCGCGGCUCGGAGGCCGCGCAGAGGAGCGGCGGCAUGGCGACGGCGGCCGAGGAAACGAGCUGGGGGGACGGGGACGAGGAGGAGGCAGAGCAGUUGGUUCUGGUGGAAUUGUCAGGAAUUAUUGAUUCAGACUUUCUUUCAAAAUGUGAAAAUAGAUGCAAGAUUUUGGGUAUUGAUACGGAGAGGCCCAUUCUUCAAGUGGACAGCUAUGUCUUUGCUGGAGAGUAUGAAGACACUCUUGGGACCUGUGUUAUAUUUGAAGAAAAUGUUGAACAUGUGGAUGCAGAAGGCAAUAAUAAAACACUGCUAAAAUAUAAAUGCCACACAAUGAAGAAGCUCAGCAUGACAAGAACUCUUCUGACAGAAAAGAAGGAAGGAGAAGAAAACAUAGGUGGUGUGGAAUGGCUGCAAAUCAAGGAAAAUGAUUUCUCCUGUAGACCCAACAUGAUUUGUAGUUUUCUGCAUGAAAAUGAAGAGGAUGAAGUUGUAGCUGCAGACCCAGAUAAAUCUUUGGAGUUGGAAGAGCAAGAGAUUCAAAUGAAGGAUAAUUCAAACCUGAGUUAUGAACAGGAGAAACCACCAAACUUGGAAAUAGAGGAUGCUGGUCCUCUUAUUGAUAUCCCUUCUUCUGAGACAGAAGGCACUGUUUUUAUGGAAACUCAAGAAACUGCCUUAGAAAUCACUCCUAGAUGAAAUGUUUCUCAUAAUAACUAGUCAUGAAUUUUUUAGUUUUUAUAUAAAAUAACUGGCUUUGUAGCUUUUAGUUGUUUGCAAUUUUAUUAUUUUUGUUGGCUAUACACACAUUUCCAAUGAUAAUAUAGUUUAAUAUACAAAGAAUCAUUAAGGACCAGAUAUGAAUUUUUAAAAACAUGGUUUCAGUGACUAUAGGGACCCUUCUGUGAUGAGUCUUUUAAAAUGGAGGUUUUACUAAGGUAAGUGUAAGUUUCUUUUGCAGCCAUCACAAGUUACUACAAACUUAGUGGCUUAAGUGUAUUAAACUACAUAAAUGUAUUGUCUUAUAGUUCUGUGGGUCAGCUGUCUGAUAUGGGUCUCACCUGGGCUAACAUCAAGGUAUUUGCAGAACUUCAUUCUCUUCUGGAGGUGGCAUGGGGGACUCCAUUUCCUUGCUCAUUUGGUUGUUGGGAAAAUUCUGUUCUUUGCAGUGGAAGGAUCAUGGUCCCAUUUCCUUGCUGUUGGUUGAAAACCAUUGCCAGCUUCUAGAGGGUGCCUGCAUUCCUGGACUCAUGGUCCUACUCUCUUCAAAGCCCGCAAUGGUCAAGUGCCUCUCAGUCUUUGAAUCACUCCUGCUUCUUCCAUUAUCUUAUCGAUGAUGGACCCUUCUGCCUUCUUUUAAAGUCCAUUUGAUUACAUCGGGCACAUCUGGGUAACUUCCCUAUUUUAAGGUCUAUAACCUUAAUUCCAUCUGCAAAGUCCCUCUUGCCAUGUAAUUUAAACAGGCAUAAAACUGAAGAUUAUGGCAUGAAAAUAUCUGGGGGGCCAUUUUCCAGUCUGUCAAAGUCAGUAUUACUUAUGAGAACAGAAAAAGGAUUCAGAAGUGCUUAAGGAUGAAGGUACAGUUGCUGAUUUUCUAGCUGUAAUUUCACUCCUUUCCCACUGAAGAAAAAUGAUUGGAAUUCAGCUGUAAGUCAUUCUCCAGUAUUAUGGUGAUAACCUAGAUCUGCUCUAACUUCUGUUUUUUAAGUAAAUUAAUCACAAAUUUUGAUACAGGUUGAACUAUAUGAAGUUACCAAUAUUUGUUUCUGACUACAAAACCCAGCAAUUUUAUACGGCUUAACCUGGUAAUAAUAAGUUAAAACACACCUCAUGUUAAUUAUAUGUUACAACUGUUGGAGGUAUAACUUUGUUGUGACAGAUUAGAGAACUAAUGUUCUAGGGUGGGAAAUUUUUUCCUUCGGUAGGUUUUGUAAGUUUUUACUAUUUAAUUGGAAAACAACUUACCCUAAUUAAAAGCAUUUCCAAAUCAUAAACACAUAUAUCCUCCCAAUUUUUAUGACGACUCUCAGCUUUUAUUUAAUCAAAAGCUUUUUUUAACCAAAUGUAUGUGGAGAGACUGCUAAUUACUCGACCCAAUAUCUGGUCUUCCUUUUUUUCUUUGUAACAGAAUCCCAGAAUUUAUUCAUGUUAGCAGUGUGCCCAGCUUUCCUUGUGUAUUUGAAAGUGGCCAUGUUAUCUAGGUAUUAUGUCUUCCCAGCUUGAUCUAUAGAUUCAAUGCAGUCUGAAACAAGUUUUCACAGCAAGUUUUUUUUUUUCUUUUCUUUUUUUCUUUUUUUAGCAAGUUUUUUAAGGAUAUUGUCAAAUAUCAAAAAAAAAAAAAAAAGGCUCUACAGUUUAUAUGGAGAGGCAAAGACCCAGAAAAGCCAAUACAAUAUUGAAGAACAUAGUAGGAAGACUUCAAGACUUACUAUAAAACUACAGUAAUAGAGUAGGAAUUGCUGAAAGAAUAGACAAAUAGGUUAAUAGAACAGAAUAGGGAGCCCAGAAAUAGACAUAAAUAUAGUCAACUGAUCUUAGAUCAAGGAACAAAGGCAAUACAAUGGAGCAAAGAUAGUCUUCAAUAAAUGGUGCUGGGACAAUUGGAUAUCCCUAUGCAAAAGAAUGAAGUGGGACCCCCCCCCAAUCUCAUACUAUAUACAAGAUUUAUUCAAAAUGGACCAAAGGCCUAAAUGAAUAUGAGCUAAAAUUAUAAAACUCUUUGAAGAAAAUAUAGGUAUAAAUAUUAUGUUGGAUUAGGAAAUGGCCUCUUAGAUAUAGCAUGAAAAGUGCAAGCAACAAAAGAAAAAAAUGGAUACACUGAACUUCAUCAAAAUUGAAGUUUCCUACUUCAUAGGACACUAUCUAGAAAUUGAAAAGACACCUAUUCAGUUGGAGAAAAUAUCAGCAAAUUAUAUAUCAGAUACGGGACUUGUAUCUAGAAUAUAUGAGAAACUAUUACAACUCAACAAUAAAAAGACAACCCAAUUUAAAAAUGAGCAAAAAUUUGAAUAGACAUUUUCCUGAAGAAGGUAUACAAAUGGCCAAUCAGCCCAUGAAAAGAUGCUCAAAAUCCUUUGUCAUCAGGGAAAUGCAAAUGAAAACCACAAUGAGAUACCACUUUACACCUGCUAGGAUGGCUUAAUGAAAAAAAAUGGACAAUAGCAAAUUUUGGAGAGGAAUGGAGAAAUUGGAACUCACAUAAUUAACCUGCAGUUAAUAGAAUAAUGCUCUCCCCAAAAGAUGCCCAUGCCCUAAACUCAGGGAUCUGUAAAUAUAUUACCUUACUUGGCCAAAGGGAAUUAGCUAUAUGAUUAAGUUAAGGAUCUUGCGAUGUGGGGGGUAUUAUUGUGGAUUAUCCAGAUGGGUCAUGUGUAAUCGCAAGGGUUUUAUAAGGGAGUCAGAAGUGUCAGAGUCACAAAAAGUUGUGGCAGUAGAAACAGAAGUUUGAGUGAUGCCUUUUGAAGAUGGAGGAAUACCAAGGAAUGCAAACAGCUUGUAUAAGCUGGAAAGGCAAAGAAACAGAUUCUCCCUGGAGUUUCUAGGAGGAAUGUAAACCCACUGACAACUUAAUUUUAGACCUGUAAAACUAAUUUUAGGCUUCUGGCUUCUAGAACUCCAACAUAA